ACACAGACAUCUUCUACACACACGCACACCGGUAUAUGAUACCACAAUCGGGAUACAAUUUGAUACAUUGCACUGUAGAUUAGAACUUCAUGAUAUUCUUCCGACAAACGAUCGAGCACUGCCAGUCUUGGGGGUAUCAUCGGAAUAUUCAGUCAAGUUCAGUUUCAGUCCCAAGUGCGUCGGGACAAUUAAUGUCAUGAUAGUUUUAUUUUGCUGAGUGAAACUGGACAGGUGUCGACAUCAUGGAAGAUUACGAUGAUAUUCUCAACGAUGAUAUGCUAUACGACUACGAGCAUGCUGGCGACCGGGCGGCGAGGAGUAACCCUGCUUUUGAAGAUCAAGAGUUGGACAAAAUAGCACCAAAUACAGAUGAUCUCUAUGGAUCUGGAUCGACAAAACAGGCAUCAAAUACUCCUGCAACUGUGACCAAUAUUGAGGUAGAAGAAGAGUUGAAAAUUUUAGAUAACAACAAUCCACCGCCUCCGGCCCCAGCAGCGGCAGCCAGCAUGUCGAACGCAAAUGGACGGCCGUUGUCCCGGGCCCGGCCGGUGUCGAGGGUCAGCCUACACCACGGGCACAUCGAUGCGGCAGUGGAAUAUGAAAUGAAUAAAUACAAGGACGAUUUUUCAGAAGAUGCAAUGGAAAAGAGGGCCAAAGUAAUAAAAUCCGUCCCUGCUACUCUUGACAGAAGGCGAAGUAUAAGGAAUAAAUAUGGAAAGGGUAAGCUGAAAGCACUCUCUGGGUGGAAGGCAUUUAAGUACAAUGUUGCAUUGAAAUGGAAACGCACAAAAGAGAACUUGUAUGACUUCAGGUUACGCUUUGAAGUGUGGCGCUCAUCACUCAAAGAAGUAGAAGGCAAAUUUGGAACAGCAGUGGUGUCAUAUUUUGUCUUCCUCAAAUGGCUUCUUUUUCUCAACAUCUACAUCUUCUUCAUCAUGUUUGGUUUCAUCGUCAUCCCGGAACUCAUAUUGGGAACCAACUACAUGUACAAUCCACCGACCAACUGUGAGCUAGCGUAUACAGACUCCAUUGAAACAACAUGUCAGGAUGAUGGUGACGGUGUCCAGUGUAUCUUGGAUUUCUUAGAAGGAAGUGGUUGGAUGGAGCAGACACCCCUCUUCUAUGGCAACUAUUCCCCAGAGUUCUACCUAUCGGAGAACAGCACCAUUCCCAUCAACCCAAACAUCUAUAACCUUCCUCUGGCGUAUCUCCUAGCUACGAUCAGUUACUUUGUGAUCAGUCUCCUCAUGAUGGUUAACUAUACGGCUAAGGGUUUCAAGGACAGCAUGGCCAACAGAGAAGACACGUCUUACAAGUAUUGUAACCAGGUGUUUGCAGGGUGGGAUUACUCCCUGACCGACUUCAACAACUGCUAUCUCAAGCAUCGGAGCAUUCACUAUGAAAUAGCUACUGCUCUAGAGGAAGAGAGAUUAGCCCUGAAGCGUGCUAAGCGUACCACCAAACAGAAAUGCAAGCUGUACUUCCUACGGAUCUUCCUCAAUCUCCUGGUGUUACUUGUCCUAGCCGGAGCCGGUUACCUCAUUUACUUCACAACAGAUUUUGCUGUUUUGAAUUCCAGCAAGCCCGUCACCACCGAUGCCUUUGCUUCGCUUCUCAUAAGCUACCUUCCGUCCAUCACCAUCACCCUCCUCAACGGCGUCGUCCCCAUGAUCUUCAACGUCGUCGUCCGGUUCGAGGACUACAGUCCGCAGUUUGAGAUCAGCAUCACCUUGAUCAGGACGGUGUUCUUGAGACUUGCUUCCUUGGUUGUUCUCUUCCUCUCCCUCUACCCUCAGAUCGUCUGUCCUGGAAGAGAAAGUGAACCUUGCGAUGUUUGUCCAAGUGACCUCAAGUGUUGGGAGACGUACAUAGGAAGAGAAUUCUACAAGUUGACGAUUACUGAUUUUGCAGCUGUUGUACUGGUCAUCGUUUUAGUCGAGUUUCCGAGAAAACUCGCAGCCAAGUACUGUCAUUGUGGUGUGGCUAAAGCCCUCGGACAGAUGGAGUUUGAGAUUCCAAAGAAUGUGCUAGCCAUCGUCUACUCGCAAGCUUUGUGCUGGGUUGGGUCCUUCUACAGCCCUCUCCUACCAGCGAUCUGUGUGCUGAAAUGCUUCAUCUUCUUCUACUUCAAGAAAUGGAGUCUGCUGUACAACAUGGUGCCUUCGUCCCGGCCGUUCAGAGCGACCCGGUCCGGUAUCUUCUUCAUGGUCAUUCUCCUCGUCACGUUCCUCAUCUGUCUCAUUCCCAUCGGCUACUCCAUCUCAUCAAUUACACCAUCAGCAGGGUGUGGUCCCUUCCGUGGUCACCAGUCGAUGUGGGGAGAACUCGUUCAAACCAUCGAUGAAUGGGACAACUUCUUUGAGCAAGUUUUCGAGUUCAUCGGUUCUGCAGCUUUCGUUGUCCCUCUCAUCAUCAUUCUUUUACUUGCUCUUUACUACUACCAUGCUAUAUCAGCAGCUCACAAAGAAAUGGUCCUCCUACUCAAAGAGCAGCUUAUUAUGGAGGGGCGAGAUAAACACUUUCUCUUGGCGAGGCUCAACGAGCUUGACCCCACGACGACCAAAGGUCAUCAGAAAUCGAGACGGAAGCAGAUCCAGAACGAAGACCAACGCCCACCGCGGGUUCCUUCCGAUGCUUGGAGCGAAGGAGGUCCGACAGCCAAGCAUCCGUUUGCUAUGUAAUAGAGAAGAUAAAUCAACUCUUUGUCUGAUGGUUUUACGUUGAAGUCCCAAGCUUUCUGCAGUGAUGCUUCUUUUCGGAUGAAAGCCAGCUUCUAUCACCAGUUUGCCCAGAAAAUUGUCACAUAAUACCAAUUAAGUUAUGAAUGAGUCCAUGUCAAACUCCUUCUUGGGAGGUAGUUUCUCAGUAAUGCUUGACAGUGCAGGCAUAGCACAGAAAGUCUUUUUGAUCACUUAUGCAGUGAGUAUAUCAACUUACAUGUACAUGUACAAGUAGUGUGAUCAGAGAGAUUUGUCAGUAUUAAUAAAGCAACUUUUAAAAUAUAUUCAUGUAUAAUUAUUUCUUCCAAAGUUUGGUGCAGCUUUGUUUUAUGACCAUUGUAACAUACUGUACAGCAGAUGCAUAUAUAUGAUUAUAAUGAAUAUUUUUAGCAUUCAUUGAGAUGCAUUGUAUAUAUAUUCUUGCAUGGAAUGUGUUAUUAAUGUGAACAUCUAGCAAUAUUUACCAUGGAGUUUCGACAAAUAAAAAGUUGGGUCUGCCACAAGAAGAGGGUAGUGUUUCAUGACACAGUCAGUGAUUUUAAUCUGCUCUGAGCCAAUCAGAUUAAAGCAUUUCGGUAGCUUAUAACAUUUAUCAAUGGAAAUCACUCACUAUUUGUUUCA